CUCUAAUUAGACGUUGGCUGCUUACUAAUAGGCAAGGUUGUGUCACUGGAGUUUUGGCAUUGCUACUCAUGAACAGUUUGUCAUAUUUGGCUUGCGGGUUUGCUUCUUGUGGUCAGGAUCGUGGUUCGGGAUGCGUCCAGCGCCUUGAUUUAGACAAACACAACUUACUAUCAAUCGCCACUGUUGCUGUUGACGAAUUGCUGUCAGCUAUUUUGAUGUUUGCUUGUCUAUACUGAUCGUUCCCUGUCGGAUUAGUAACUGAUUCGGUCUUUUGUACGUUACCUAGCGAAGAGUGUUGCACGCAGUUCAGCCCUGCAACGUCGCUCUUGACCCUGCCAUUCAGGCUUGGACUCUGGACUUAUAGUUCUUCCUAUUCACUGGCUUGUCAACAGCUCUAUGUAACGACCCAGGACAAUUGCGCUUGUCAGUUUCGGAUGCGAAGCAAGCGGUUUUGUAAGCUUGCAUUCUGAUACUGACGGAUUUUUUCAGACGGACCACAUUCUCCAGGCUUGAGUCUAGUGUUUUGCAUCAUUGACUUGAAAGCUUUCUUAUGAUUGUUGCGUCAAGAACUCUUUGUACUUGUCCAUUACUUUAUUGUCCAUGCACUUGCAUUUCAGGGCUUAUUAGUUACAUCUGGACCUACUUGCAUGGUCUGUAUACUUCCCCUUGGAAUUUGGCGUACUCUAUUUCUUGCUAGGGUUGCGUGGGCGUACUGUGUAGGAAUCGAUUGUGCAGGGUAUGGCGAAGGUUUUCCAUUCACCCACCAGAAGCGACGCCAGGAACGAUAGACAUCCACUCAGAGAACAGUUCUCUCCGGAGCCAUUGGGUAGGAAGACUCCCAAGAGCAAGACUCCAGGAAGACCGAGCGACCGAUUCAUCACCGACCGUAGUGCCAUGGACUUCAACAUUGCUAAUUACAUGCUUGCAGGCUUGGAGGAAAAUGCCGUGAAUAAUGGCAGUGUACAUUCUCCAUCUAAGGAAGAGUACAAAAAACAGCUUGCCGAAAACUUGCUUCGUUGCAACAAUCAUCAGAGGCAGAGUCGCAUACUUGCAUUCAAGAGCAAACCUCCACCACCACCCGAGGGUUUUGAAAAUUCCCGCAAGUCCCUUUACUCUCAGAAUGCUUCCCCUGGAGAAUCAAAACCCCGAGCAUACUUUCGGCAUAUUCCUCAAACAGCCGAAAGGACUCUUGAUGCACCUGACCUCCUUGAUGACUACUACCUGAACCUGCUAGACUGGAGUGCUAAUAAUGUUCUUGCGAUUGCUCUUGGAAAUACUGUUUACCUUUGGGAUGCCACAACGUGUUCCAUUGCAGAGCUCUUGACUGCUGAUGAAGACGGGCCAGUCACAAGUGUCCAUUGGGCACCCGAUGGCAGGUACCUUGCCGUCGGGCUGAAUAACGCUGACGUGCAGCUGUGGGACUCCCAGGAGCUUCGACAGUUGAGGUCCCUGAAAGGCCACUCCGCCCGUGUUGGAAGCUUAGCAUGGAACGGCCCCGUACUGAGCUCUGGCAGCCGCGACAGUUCGAUUAUAAACCAUGAUGUUAGGAUACGGGACCAUGUAAUUGGAAGAAUGGAAGCCCAUGAACAGGAGGUUUGUGGGUUAAAGUGGUCUCCGUCCGGACAUCAACUUGCCAGUGGUGGUAAUGACAAUCUACUCUACAUAUGGGAUGCAUCUGCUGCCUCAAACCAAGGCCCCAGCCCGUACCUCCUCCGACUUGACGAUCAUAGAGCUGCAGUCAAGGCUCUAGCUUGGUGCCCUUUUCAGAGUAAUUUGUUGGCUUCGGGUGGUGGAACAGCUGAUCGCUGCAUCAAGUUCUGGAACACGCACACGGGGGUUUGUCUUAAUAGCAUCGAUACGCAAUCCCAGGUGUGCGCUUUGCAAUGGAGUAAGCAUGAGCGGGAGAUUCUCAGUUCUCAUGGAUUUAGCCAAAAUCAGCUAUGUCUGUGGAAGUAUCCGUCUAUGGUGAAGCUGGCUGAGCUCACUGGCCAUACCUCAAGAGUCUUGCAUCUGGCACAGAGCCCUGACGGAUACACGAUAGCGUCGGCAGCUGGAGACGAGACUCUCAGAUUCUGGAAAGUAUUUGGAGACCCAGAGGCAUUGAAGGCGAAAUCUAGAUCCAAGGCUAAGGAAGUUGGGAGUGUCCUACACUCCUUAACAAGAAUACGAUAAUUUCACCGACUCAAACUUUUGAACAUUCAACCUAUCCUCUGCAGUUGUUCAUAUUGACAUGAAACCCUUGCCAGAUACGGAUUAGCUGGAGAAUUACGAGCAUGAUAUCUCUGGAGGCUUCGAGAUGUACUGAAUAUGUGUUGGUGUAGAGGUGCCGUUACCGGGCCACCAAUAUUUCUUUGGUUGCUUUGAUCUAUCUCAACAUCAAUUGGGGAAUUCUUGUCCACGCGUGAGGAAUUGGAUUUCCAGGUUACUCAGCGCAUUAGGUUUUGAAUGCUAAUACAGCAUCUGACGGAGGCCCCGUGGAUGAAGGAGUUCUGCCCCUCAGUCUUCCACACAUCGUCAGCGUAUACUUUUAGGAAGAGCAAAUCGAUCAAAAUUCCUACUUUAGUUUAUUUGGCAGACCCUGUUCAUUCAAUCUGGUGUUACAGUUCAGAUCGCUUUUUAGUGGAUUGGCGAGAAAUUCUACCAUAUGGUUAUGACUUCAGUAUGUCAACGAGCCUAAGUCAUAUAUCGUCCUUGAGGAGCCAUUUCUUCAGGCGAUGGCUUCAACGGUUUUAAGGAAGUACGUAAUCCUUUUCACUGGCUUCAAGAUGGCUGUUACCAAGUUCACAUUUUCUUAAUUCGGUUUAUUACUCGUACAUUUGGGGAAGAGAGAAUCAGGAUAGAGACUACGUGGGCAGUUUCUACGAUGAUGUCGACGAUGGCUUCAACAAGAGCUAAGCCGGGUAUCUAUCAAAGGUGGCGCCUUGGGACCCGGCUUCAGGCCAACGCGAAUUUGGGCGUCGAAAGCUCACAGUGAAAUUACAUCCCACCCUUCCGGUCGAGAUACGUACAUUGCUCGUGAGGAUACCAGUGUUGCGCGCUAAGGUUUCCCUUGCCAACACCAAGCUGUGUCACGGUAUCAUCCUGUACUGUUCUCAGCAAACCCAUAGACCAGUUUGCCAGAAGUGGCCUGUCAGCAACGUAGUGCAGCAGUCUCUGGAUUGUAUUGUUUGGAGAUCCAUAUUUGGAUGUAGCUUCAUUUGCCCAAGCCAGAGAAUUUCAUUCUUUGACCAUCUUUCUUAUGCCAACUGUUGGAAAGGAAUUGACACUUAUUACCUGGAAAAAGGGUUAACGCGUGUAUGGUGUUAGGCAGUUUGAAUUAUCAAGAAAAAUGUUAAUACGCAUAGAAUAUAUUUGGUGGGCAAAAGAAUGAUGGUUUUGAUGAAGUGAGUAUCUUUGUUGAUGAGCAUAGAAAUCCAAAACAAAUUGUUGAUUGAAGCAGCUAUUAUACAACCAAGUGAAUACAUGUUCUCA